UUCAAGAGCAGUGGGGUGGCUGGGCCGACACCGAUAUGCGUUCUCUUUUUUUUUUUUUCGCGACAGCAGCGCCUCCACAACAAACACAAGCCACUUGACGGAGACUCGAUUCGCCGGGCAUGUAUCGUCGGCAACGCGUGGAAGGUAUUCCCCGCAGUUAGAAGAUGGCAUUCCUGAUCACAUUUGCUUUUGUCUUGGUUAUCAGCCUUGCUUCAAGCGCACCUGUCGAAAACAACGUCACAGAAUUCCCUGACAGUGCCAAACACGAAGCAAACAGCACCGCAGCUAACAAUGUGCCCGAAAUAACGAUCUUCAGAAUAGACAAACGGAGCGACAAGGAAAAGUUUCUUGAAGCAAUCAGAAGCGCGAGGAAACUGUGGAAUGGCGACUACAUGUACCAGCGGGACAUUCGCAUUACCAGGGCGCAGUUGGAGCACAUCUACGGGGUGGACACCACCAAAGACGAGACGUUCUAUGCGUGGCCCAACGCAACGGUGCCAUUCGUGAUCGGAAGAAAAGUUCGUGGCUUUGCGCGAGAAAUUCGCGACGCAAUGCGGCAGUGGGAACAAGAAACCUGCGUCCGCUUCAUUGAGAUAACGCAGGAGGCUGGCAACAUAGACCACGUUCGCUUCGUGCAGUCUCGCUGGGCUUAUUCCUAUCUGGGAAAGCAAGGAGGGACACAGAAGCUUGGAAUACCGAGCAUAUUUUUUCCCGACACGCACUACGCUCACCUCCUCGGUCACGCCAUCGGCUUGCGGCACACGCAUGCCGACAGUAGCCGUGACACUUUCUACUACGUGGCCUGGGACUCAGUACCGAACCGGUACCGGUACAACUUCGACCACGAGAGUCCCGCCUACGGAUCGCGUACCAAGAUAUCGGCCGUGGAGUCCGAGUUUGAGUUCGACUGGAGCUCCGUCAUGGCCGACGAGAGCGAGAGCGUAGAGGGCGACGUGGACUUCAUGUUACAAGACCGAAGGGUGGUGUAUCCGGCGGACCCGUUCUACCUAUACCGAACGACGUCGACAGAACACGCCUCUUUUCUUGAAUACAAGAAGGUCAAUCAACUCUACAAAUGCAACGAGAGAUGCCCGAACGCAAACAGCAGCCGAUGCCAGCACGGCGGCUACGUGGGACCGAAGUGCAGCUGCGUGUGCCCGCCCGGUGCAGUCGGCGAUCACUGCGAGCACAGGACGACCACUGCCAAGGCCGGCAUCUGCGGAGAAGUGCUCCAAGAGAACAAGACCAUUCACUUCGUUUCGCGGCCUUCGAGUUACCAUUGCACGUGGUGGAUCAGGGCGCCGAAGGGAGAGCAAGUAAGCGUCACGUUCGCCGACUUCUCCGCAGACAACUCCACCCACAGCGUCGGCACUUGUGACCUGCACUUCGAGCUCAGAAACCGCGACCUCUACAAAGGGGAGAGUUACUGCUGGUACGAGCUACCACUGGAUGUACCCCUGUACGCGAAGGGGAGGGAUUUUCUCGUCGACUACUUCGGCUCCAAGGACGCGAACUUUAAUUUCACUCUCACAGCGGCAGUGUACACGUGAACAUGCGUCGACGCCUAAAGUUGUCCGAAAACAGUGGACCUUUCCAAGCAAGAAGGCGACGGACAUUUCUGUGCACUUCUUUAUUUAUUUUUCUCACUUCCAAGAGCGUGAGGAUUUGUUGUUGCAUUGUUGUUCUUCUGGUUGCUUUUUGUAUGGUGCAAAAGAAAAGAACUUCGAUUCGCUCAGCAUCAGAAACAAAGUUCUGCUUCACUGUGUGGCCUGAAGUACGUCCGCGGCGUAAUAUGCACCAGCGCACGCUGGCUCUCCAUCUCGUAUUCACUACGGAUUCAAGUGUCACCACUAGCCAUAGGUCUUGCUAUGGCAGUUAGACGGGUACUCGCUACGCUACCGGCCGACGCUGCAGUUAAGUAUAGAACGACUUCCCAUGCAUGUCAGCAGGGCAAUGCCAUGUUUCACGGGAUGCACGUUUUUCUCAAUAAAUUUCUUGUCCCUGUCAUCA